GGUGGGCUGGAGUGGAGGGCGUGAUGCUGUGUACAUGUGCAAAGGCUUCAAGCAACUGCGAAGCCAUCUGUGCGGACAGUUCCCCAAGGAGAAGGACGCUAUAUACAAGUACUUUGACGAAAUCUUCCAGGCGUCUAAGGGUGCUAAGGCCAUGAUUAUGAUGAAGAUCAUGCCAAACUUUAUCUAUUCCAAGUGCGCUGAGUACUUCGAUAAGCUCUACGGAGAAUACGGCACACGAAGUGUCAUAGAUGUCAUGCAGGAGUGCGGACUCUCUAAUGAAACGAUUGGCAUGCUCACCUACAACUGGGGCGACUUCGGAACGCUGCCGUCCAAAGCACCGUUUCUUCUGCACGCUUUGCAUAUCAUGCAUUGGAUGAAGGGUGGAUGGUUCCCAGUGCAUGGACCAGAACAAAUCGCGAUUACCAUCCUGCCCACCAUUGAGAAGCCUGGCGGCAAAUGCUUUGUCAACGCCCGAGUGUCUGAGAUUGUGCUGGAUAAGAGUGGGGGGGUGGAGGGCGUGCUCAUGAACAAGGGUCUCUUCAUACCCACCACUAGGGUUGUCUCCGGAGUGGGGGCGUACAACACGUACACCAAGCUGCUCAGUGACAAGGCCACACUACCACCCCAGAUCCGAGAUACCCGCAACGCCCUGACCUCGCAAGAGCUGCCUCUGGGCGGUACCAUGAUGUCACUCUUCAUCGGGUUGGAAGGGACUGUGGAGAGUCUGGAGGUGCCCAAGCACAACAAGUGGGUAUUCCCGACUUGGGAUCACGACGCAAACCAGAAACGCCAGGAUGACGAGGGCCUGGAUGCACCUUUUCCGGUCGUGUAUCUUUCCUUCUCGUGUGCGAAGGAUCCCAAGUGGGCCGAAAAGUACCCCGACACCUGCGUCGCGGAAGUGCUGGCACCCAUCCCAUAUAGCAUGUUCGAAGAGUUCGAGAAGUCCGUACACAAGAAGCGAAAUGACAGCUACGACGCGCUCAAAGAGGUGUUCCAGGAGAAGAUGAUGGAUGUUGUGUACAAACGGUUGCCUCAGUUUAAGGGCAAGGUUAAGUAUGUGAACCUCGGAUCCCCCCUCACCAAUAACCACUACUACAACACGCACAAAGGGGAGGUGUACGCCUUGGACCACUCGCUGGUACGCUUCUCCGUGCACAACCAGAAGAACAGACUGCGGCCGACUACCGAGAUCAGGGGCUUGUAUCUGACGGGACAGGAUGUAUUCAUGUGCGGCAUUAUGACGGCUAUGUAUUCCGGCGUUAUGACUGUAGCUAGCAUGUCCUGGAUGGCUUUGUUCAAGAACUUAGAUAUUCUGCUGCGCAGGGUUCCGUCCGUGUACGGUGAGACGCGAGUGAAAUCGGACGGGAACGAAUAUGGUGUGCUGAAGGAUAGUGCCGUGUUCAAGAUACUGAUGGUGGUAAUCUUCGCUAUGCUGUUUCGGGCGCUUCUCGUAGGGUAGGGAGAUAAAAUAUCAAUGUGAGCAAUACAUUCUCAUAUUCUAUCUGUAUUUAUCUAAUUUGGCUUGCACUGAUUGCUAGUCUUUAAUUGACGUAUCAGAUUUCAAAUAAACUGCCACGAUUCACAAGGAUUAUGUUUAC